AUGUCUGCUUUCGGAGUGAUGCAGUCAUAUUACUCGCACGGAUUCCUCGAUAAUGAGUCUGCAUCUGCGAUUAGUUGGAUAGGCAGUCUGCAGCAAUUCCUUGAUCUGGCACUAGCAGCUCUUGGAGGUCAUUUGCUGGACAGAGGGUAUUUCCGACACGUUGUAGUCACAGGGAGUGUCUUGUUCAACUUGUGUCUCUUCAUGCUAUCUCUUGCCCAACCACAUCAUUAUUACCAGGUUUUCCUCACUCAAGGCCUCGGUAUGGGUGCAGGUGUUGGUCUGAUUUACCUACCCACAUCUGCUGUUGCCUCACAACACUUCAAAAAAUAUAAAACAUUUGCCAUUGGACUUGUUAUGUCGGGUGGCUCACUGGGCGGUUUUGCGUUCUCUAUUGCUCUGAAUCAGCUCUUGAACGGAUCUCUCAGCUUCGGCUGGGCCAUCCGAGUAACAGCAUUCGUUGCGACGGCGCCGCUUUUGCUCGGCAAUCUUCUCAUAUUCGAGCCCCCUAGGCAUCAAACACUCCUAUCUCCUGUGCCCAAUGAAGGAAGCACCCCAAGUCGUGUAGAAGCAGAAACAGAGUCUUCCGAGGCUGUCUAUGACUCUGAACAGACCCUCGAUGUCCAGCCAACACCGAUUAAUGCGACACCUUUCUGGGAUAGGAAUUAUAUUUUUAUGCUUGCAUUAGGAUUCUCGAUUGGCCUCGGAAUGUGGUUCCCGUCAUCAUUUGUCCAGUCGUAUGCGCAACAACAUAAUAUCGACAGACAGCUAGCGUUCUAUGCACUCGCUAUCAUGAAUGUUUCGAGCGGUGUUGGACGAAUCCUGCCGAAUUGGUUCGGCGAUAGAUGGGGCCCUCUGGACAUUUACGUGAUAUGUCUUUUCUGCGCAGGUGCGCUUGAGUUCGCAAUGCUCGGCUGUUCGACGGCAUACGGCCUUGUGCUAUUCACUUUGUCCUAUGGAUUCUUCUUGGGGACAACCGUGUCCCUCUAUCUUCCUGUAGUAUCGUUGCUCAGUAAGGAUGGUGUUGAUGUCGGCAAGCGCAUGGGCGUCGCACUCUUUCCUGUCGGUGUUGCUUCGCUCAUAGGAAAUCCGGUGAACGGAGCUCUUGUUGGGAAAAACAGCGCCUGGUGGAAGGGAGUGACACUCGCUUCGGUCGCAAUGCUGACCGGGGCUUCACUAGCGUUAAUUCUACGACUCUCUAGGUUGCGGGGUCCAAAGCGUCACUCGGAUUGA